ACUUUCGUUUCGUCUUCGCAACUGCUAACAGGCUGAAGAAGAAAUGGACAGCAACGGAAGUGCAGAGAAUACUCAAACAGAGAAGUCAACGGCUGAGAAUUCUCAACGGCCUAGGAGAGAAAUACAUUGGUUUACUACUUUAUGGCACCUUCAUCUGCACCUAUUUGCACUGUAUGCUCUGCUGCUCGUUUUUAUACAAGCAAAGUUCCUGACUGUCGUGUUCGCGUUCGUGUUGGGCACGUUUUCACUGCUUGGAGUGACAGCUGGGUCCCAUAGGCUCUGGGCACAUCGUACCUACACCGCCUCCUUGCCGCUGAAAGUGUUCCUGCUUCUUUGCCAGACAGCUUCCGGCACGGGUUCCGUGUACGACUGGGUACUGGAGCAUCGCGUGCAUCACAAGCAUCAUGGGACCGACGACGACCCCUUCAACCACAAGCGCGGCUUCCUGUUCUCGCACUUGGUGAGCCGCGUGGCGACGCGGCCGUCCAACUGGGAGCAGCUCUCAAAAGGCGUGGACAUGAGUGACAUCGAGGCGGAGCCCUUGCUCAUGUACCAGAAGAGUUUCUCGUACGACACCAACCUGGUGUUCCUGGUGAACCUGUCGAUGUGGCCGCACUACCACUACCUGCUGCCAUGGGACUACCAGACGGACGAGUACUACGGCUCGUACUGCCGCAGCUGCACCACCAACCUGAUCCGCGCGUGGGCGGCCGUGGGGUGGGCGUCGGGUCUGCGCACCGUGGACACGGCGGGCGUGCGGGCGGCCGUGGAGAACAGCGCGCGCGACGGCACCGACCUCAUCACCGCCGUCGAGGAGCAGGGCCGCCUGUACUCGGAGCGCAUCCAGAGCGAGCACCUCAUCCAGCGGCCCACGCUCAUCUUCUGAGCCACGCCCGCCAACACUCGCGGACAGCCGGGCGGCAGUGAUUGUGUCUGUGGUAGGGAUGGCAGUGACGUUUGCUUCGUUUUCUAAAUACGGGGGGUUUGUCGAUAUGUAUCGAGAUAUCGGUAACGAAAAUUCGUUUCGAUACCUUGCAAUUUAUCGGAAUUGCCGAAAUUUUUAUCGGAUUUUACCCACCAAGUGUUCAAAAAAUUAAUUUUAAGUGAGAAUAUUAAAGUUAUAAUUAAUUGCAAUUGAAAUAGUCAUUAAUUUAUUUAACAUUUAAUAUUUCUUUUCCCACUUAAGCUUCAUAUCUGGAGUUUUCAGUGGACACUUUCCAGGUUAUCUCAAAAAUUUUCAAUUUUGAAAUGUAUCAAAGGUAGAGUAAAUAAUUGAUUUAAUUUCUUCAUUUUCUCAGUGUCGCAACCUCCAAUAAAAAAACGGUCUUUCGAAAUAACUACGGUGUAUUCUUGUUUUUCAUUCGAUAAAAAAAACAUGCCGGUUUUGACCUUGCAAUAUAUUGCAUUAUGGAUUUAUUGGUAUUUUGAAACAGAACAUGCCAUCCCUACUUCAUCGCCAUUUAUCUAGUAAAUUAUUCUUUGACUACGAACAUUAGAGUGACAUGCUGUGUGGAAUAUUAAAAGUGUUUGUGAAGUUAUUGUAUGUUUUAUUGUCCAAUGCAGAGAAUUGAUUCAUGCAUAUAUGUUUAAUUUGAAUGGAGAUAUACAAUAUAUUGAAUAUUCGAAUUAAUUUUAUUGUAUUUAAAUGAGAAUCGUCGCCUUAUUCGCAC